UUAGAUUUGUUUAUAAUCCCGCUCUCCCCCCUUCAGAGAUCGUCCUCUCACUCUCUCCUCACCCAGAAAGAAAAACUCUCUCGCCGCUUCGAUUCGAGUUUCAUCGGUUCAUCAUUCUCUUCAGAGCCAACAUCGAAUCUUAAAGAUGCCAGAGGCGAGAGACAGAACGGAGAGGCCGGUGGACUACGCGGCGAUAUUCGCCAACAGACGCCGUAACGGCGUGUUACUCGACGAGGCGGUCUCGCGUCUCGGCGGCGCGUCUGAACAUCCAGUUCAGAGAUUGCCGUCGGUUUCUCGGGUGGUGUAUGCGCGACCUGGAUCUUUGAUUGGGGGCAAUUACAGUUCGUGGAGGCCUGGUGGUGGUGGUAACGGGAGUGGUCUCAGCAGUCCGUUUAGAUCGUCGCACGGAAGAGAGAAUCUGUCUAGGCCUAGGCGUGUAGGAGUAAGAGGUGGUGGUGCUUCACGGAGUCCGUUACCUUCUUGGUACCCGAGGACGCCUCUACGUGAUAUAACUCAUAUCAUGCGGGCUAUUGAGAGAAGAAGAAGAGCUGGUAUGGGAGUAGACAACGGCUUGGAGGCUGAGACUCCAACUCAGCAACAAGCUCGUGUUCUUGAAACUCCAGUAGCAUCGGCAGAUGAUGAGCACGAUUGCUUAAUGGUGACGCCUGCUCCAGCUGUGGGAUUCAAACGUAGUUGCCCACCAUCAACUGCUAAAGUUCAAAAGGUGUUGCUUGACAUCACGAAUGAGAUAUCUGAGGAAGAAGCAGGGUUCAUCACACCCGAGAAGAAGCUGCUCAACUCUAUUGACAUAGUGGAGAAGAUUGUGAUGGCGGAGAUUCAGAAGCUGAAGAGCACUCCUAUUGCAAAGAGGGAAGAGCGGGAGAGAAGGGUGAAGACUUUAAUGUCUAUGCGGUGAUCCCACAUUUAGCAGAAGACACUAGAGAGAGUGAGUACAUCAUCUUCUGAUGAUAUCAAAAAUCAACGGAUCAUCAUCCAUCAUCUUCUGAUGAUGUGUUUUCUACAAGUCCUUGAGUAUCAUUUUCUUAUGAUUCUACUAGAUAAAUACAAUCAUCCUGUUGAUGAUUUGUGUAGCAUCAGGAAUCAUCUACUGAUGAAAUAGAGUUUGGAUAGUUUUUACACAUAAUUGUUUGGAGUCUCCUCUGUAGACAUUUUUCACUUGUAGAUGAAUCUCGUUCUUGUUGUUACGUUGAUAAUUGUGAGUUGGUAUGAAUCAUUUGUUUUUCAAA